AUGACAGGAGUUACUAAUGCGAAUAAAACGCAUUGGCUAGACGAGUGGUUCCUAGUACCCAAGUCGCUCAAGGCAUCUGAGUUGGCGUCUUUUAUGAGCGAUACAGACAAAAUGGGCUCGUUCAUAUUUAUGUGGUUUAUGAUCAUUAUUCUCUUUUUAUUGGCUUGUCUAAUUCUGUCCUCUCUUUACGAAUACCUGUUUGCAAUGAAACGAAGAUUAGCGAAACAGCAGAAAGAAGCUGCUGAGUGCCAGAGUCCGGUAUGGGUAUCUACAUAUGACUAUCACACGAAAUUAACUCCUUCGCAGCAAGAAGCUUACUUAGAUUACUCACAGCGUAUGUUUGAGCUGCAGCGUAAAAGGUUAGAGAGCGGAGGUGCUACGAUAUCUGAAGAGCCGAAAUUAAACACCGAGGAAGGAUCCAAUUGGCUAAAGACCCUUACUCAAUGGACAGGUGAAAAAGCACACAUUGCUAAAUGGAGCCGUAAACAGCAACGAAAUAUAAAACCCGAGGAUAUGGUAUGA